GAGGAAACUCAUAAAAAUCCAUUAAAAUGUUAUGGAAUUUGGGAUCAUGCACCUGGAUCUCUUAUCGUUGUUGAAGCAAGUGGUAUAAUUACAAAUAUGGACAAUGAGCCUUUGAAUUUUACUUUGGGAAGACAUUUGGGAAAAGUUAAUAAAGGAUUCGUAAUUGCACAUGCUAAAAUACAUAGACAAGUGCUUGAAGCCGUUCAGAAAUCCUCUUUAGGAUGGAUCAAGAGGACUAUCGGUCCAAUUUAUACAUAUCCUAGCACAGAUUCUACAGAUUCAGCAGAUGAUAGAAAUAUAAACUACUCUCAUCUAUAUCCACCUGAAUUUUUAAGAUCUUUAAAAAUUUCUA